UUCCUAUUUGUACAGCUCACGAAAACCCUUGAGCUCUUUUGGUAGUUAAGAAGAACCUGUUUUACCACCAAUACACGCCGUAACUUCUCACAGUUUUACUUUUUCCGGAAACAUCUAACGGACUACAACAAAUAUGCUGCCUUUAUUCUCAGUGGCGACAUGGAGUCUACUAGUUUUGCUUUUAACGCUCUUAAUAAUUUAUGGAACUUGGCCUUUCGGAUAUUUCAAAAAUCUGGGCAUUCCGGGACCUCGACCUUGGCCAUUCGUGGGGUCAAUUGUAUCAAUGAUGACAAAAGGUUUUCACAAAUUUGAUGAACAGUGUCUCCAAAAAUAUGGAAGAGUGUGGGGGAUCUUUGAGGGCAGAUCACCAAUGCUGAUGGUAACAGACCCUGGGUUCAUAAAGGCAGUUAUGGUCAAGGAGUUUUACACUACCUUCACCAAUAGAAGGAAAGGCACUUUUGUGGGACCUCUUGCUGAUGCAGUAAGCUCUGUUGAGGAUGAGAAAUGGAAGAGAAUCCGGAAUACUCUCUCUCCAACAUUCACAAGUGGACGAAUGAAAGAGGUCUUUCCCAUAGCUACGGAAUAUGCAGACCGUUUAAUGGAAUAUUUGAAAAAACAAAACUUAAAGGAAUCAAUUAACAUGAAAGACAUAUUUGGUUUGUACAGUAUGGAUGUUCUGGCCAGUACUUCAUUCAGUGUGGAGACUGAUUCCAUCAACAACCCAAAGGAUCCCUUUGUUGCCAAUAUGAAGAAACUUAUGAAUUUCAGCCUUUUCAAUCCAGCUUUUCUCAUUUCUAUUGUUUUUCCUUCUCUGGUCCCUCUUAUGGAGAAAAUGGGUAUCAGCUUUUUUUCAAAAUCUGUAAUGGACUUUUUCUACAAAGCACUCCAAAAGAUUAAGGAGCAGCACCUAGAGGACGACAAUGGGAGAGUGGACUUCCUGCGACUCAUGAUGCGUUCUCAAAUCUCAAAUGAGGAAGCUGAGAAAAGCAGCGAGGAUCAACCUGUUAAAGGACUAACAGAUCAUGAAAUCCUCUCCCAAUCAUUCGUCUUCAUCCUGGCUGGAUACGAGACAACUAGUACCACUCUCUCCUCUCUUGCAUACAAUAUUGCAACGAAUCCAGAUGAUCUAAGCAAGCUCGUAGAUGAGAUUGAUUCAGUGUUUCCAAACAAUGCCCCGGUCACCUAUGACAAGCUGAUGCACCUGGACUAUCUGGAUAUGAUCAUCUGUGAGUCCAUGCGAGUGUGGCCGCCUGCUCCACGUCUAGAGAGGAUGUGCAAACAGACAGUGGUGAUAAAUGGAGUCACGAUCCCCAAAGGCACUCUUGUUGCCGUUCCUGUGCACGCUUUGCACCGCGACCCAGAGCUGUGGGAUUCCCCUGAGGCUUUCAAACCAGAAAGGUUCAGCAAAGAGAAUAAGGAGAGUAUUGAUCCAUACGCUUACCUGCCCUUUGGAGUGGGACCCCGCAAUUGCGUUGGGAUGAGAUAUGCUCUUUUGUUGGUGAAAUUGAUUUUGGUACGGCUGCUCCAAAACUUCAACCUGGAGACAUGCAAAGAGACUCAGAUACCAAUGGAACUUGAUAUGAUGUAUCGGCCAAAAAAGCCCAUAAUGCUCAAGCUUGUACCAAGAUGUCAUUUCAGUGCUGAAGAAUGAACAUAAGACACUCAAUACUGCUUACAAUAACUCUAAUCUUCCUUACCAAAUACCUGACCAAGAACAAGAUUACUAUUUGCUUUUUUUCCUUAAUUCUCAUCUGACAACCUAGUGUGUAUGAGUAUGAUUCAAAUAGCAUUUUGUAAUUUUUCACUGAUCACUAACCUGACAAUAUAAACAAAGAUUCUGCCUACAAUAACUCUAAUCUUCCUUACCAAAUACCUGAACAAGAACAAGAUUACUAUUUGCUUUUUUUCCUUAAUUCUCAUCUGACAACCUAGUGUGUAUGAGUAUGAUUCAAGUAGCAUUUUGUAAUUUUUCACUGAUCACUGACCUGAUAAUAUAAACAAAAAUGCCACCACAAAACCAUAAGUGAGUAGCAUAAGUAAGUGAACAGCAGGCUUUUGAUAAAUGAGUGUAGUGAUCCUUGUGGUUACCUUACUGGACUGGACCACACAGUUGCAUAAUGACGAGGUUUUGCGUUCAUGUUGAUGAGUUGGAUUUUAUUAAACAUGUAUAAUUACACACAAAGGCCAUCACAUUGUAUUGUAUUUUAAUCAUGUAAAGCUAAGCCUUACUUAUUUGUAUUGUGUAAAAGAAUAAAUGAGCAAAUUAUU